AUGAAUUUAUCAUUCAGCAGGAAGCAGUACAACUGGAUGUUCAUCACAACAAACUUAACAAUCACACUUUUAGGAGCAGACUUCCUAAAAGCCCAAAUCAUGAUGGUGGGUAUAGUGGAACAGCAGCUGAUCACACAACCCAUCCCCAUAACCCCUCUCCCUCCGACUCCAGCACAAGAGAAAAGUCCCCUCCUACAGGAGUUUCCAAAGGUAUUUAAGGAUGGCCUGCAACAAGACCUGACCAAACCCGCAAAGCACCACAUCCAGCACUGCAUAGUCACCGAAGAUCACCCAGUGCAUGCCCGUUUCAGAAGAUUGACCCCAGAAAAACUCUUUCAUGCCAAACAAGCUUUCGAGUUCAUGGAACAAGCAGGAAUGUGUCAAAAAUCCUCCAGCCCCUGGGUAUCUACCCUUCUCAUGGCACCAAAACCUGAUGGCACAUGGCAACCCUGUGGCAACUACCAGAGACUUAAUAUCAUGACUACCUAA